GAGUCAAACAAACAGUCGCCGUUUACCUCUUCUCCAUCCCCCUACAUACCAACACACCGCACGUACGUACGUACGUGCCUUCUUCCACAUCCACCAGCCCUGCACCCACACGUCGCGAUGCAUGCACGAGCGCUCCUCUCCGUCGUAGCAGCCUGCGUGGUCGUGCUCCUGCACCACGGUACGGCGCCGGCGUCGGCGGCCGUGGCGACGUGCGCGCCGAGGGCGUGCGGGAACGUGACGAUCCAGUACCCGUUCUGGCUCACGGAGGACGCCGCCGCCCAGACGUCUCCGCCGUGCGGCCCGUCGGCGUUCCAGGUGGACUGCCGGGGCGGCCGCGCGUCGCUGGCCCGCUCCUUCCGGGGCGGCUACAAGCUCCUCCGCGUCUCCUACGCCGACCGCGCCGUCGUCGUGGCCAACGACAACGUGCAGACGGACGCCGCCGGCUGCCCCGUGCCCAAGAUCGACGUCUCCGCCAGCCUCAGCCUCGCGCCCUUCUCCGCCAGCCCCGCCAACCGCCAGCUCCUCUUCCUCUUCAACUGCACGUCGACGGCGACAGGGUUCGUCAACGUCACCUGCCCUAGCACGGCGGCCGUGGUGCGGCUCGACGCGCGGUACAACACCACCGACGCGAGGGCCGUGGCCGCCGGGUGUGACUACGCGGCGGUGCCGGUGGCCGGGUCGUUGUCGCCGGGCGCCGGCGCCGGGGUGGAGUACCCGCGGCUGCUGAGGGAAGGGUACCUGCUGCAGUGGAGGGCGUCCGCCGGGGACUGCGGUGCCUGCGGCGCAAGUGGCGGCCAGUGCGGGUACGACUCCGACGCCGAGGCGUUCGCCUGCGUUUGCGCCGACGGAUCAUCGCGCCCGGCCAGAUGCGAUGGGAAGAAAUCCAGCAACAAGGUCAUCCUGAUAGCAUCACUCUCUGUCACAUUUGGAUUGAUCCUCUUGGCAUGCCUCGUCAUCGCCUUGAAGUUUCAUCGACAAAUCCGCAAUUUGAGUUUUUUCAGCGUCAUGGACAAAACCAGCAAGGCAGACAACGCAAACGUUGAGAAGCUGCUGAAGAAGCACGGCUCUCUGGCUCCCCGGAGGUACAAGUACUCGGAGCUAAAGAAGAUAACGAACAGCUUCAAGCACAAGCUUGGUGAAGGCGGCUACGGUGCGGUGUUCCUCGGCACGCUUCCCACGGGAGACCGCCGAACGGUCGCCGUGAAGUUCCUCCACCACUCCAGGCCCAACGGCGAGGAUUUCCUCAACGAGGUGAUCAGCAUCGGCCGGACGUCCCAUGUCAACAUCGUCACCUUGCUCGGGUUCUGCCUCGAGGGCUCCAAGCGCGCCCUUGUCUACGAGCACAUGCCCAACGGCUCCCUCGACAGGUAUAUCUACUCGUCACCUUCAUCAAAGCCCGAAUCACCGGAGUCAUCGACGACAAGGCUCAAGUGGGAGACGCUUCAAGAGAUCGCGACGGGGGUGGCACGGGGGCUGGAGUACCUGCACGAGGGGUGCAACACGCGCAUCAUCCACUUCGACGUGAAGCCCCACAAUGUGCUCCUCGACGAGGGGUUCCGGCCGAAGGUGGCCGACUUCGGCAUGGCCAAGUUGUGCGACCCCAAAGAGAGCAUCCUCUCCAUGGCCGAUGCUAGGGGUACCGUGGGGUUCAUCGCGCCGGAGGUCUUCUCCCGUGGCUUCGGGGUCGUGUCCGCCAAGUCCGACGUCUACAGCUACGGGAUGUUGCUGCUAGAGAUGGUCGGUGGGCGGAGCAAUGUCAAGGCCUACGCCGCAGCCAAGGAGACCGACAUGUUCUUCCCGCUCUGGAUCUACGACCACCUGCUCGGGGACGGCGGCGUGCUGGUAAUGCAGGGGGAGGAUGGCUCCACCGGCACCAGAGAGGAGAUGAUCGCGAGGAAGAUGGCGCUGGUCGGGCUGUGGUGCAUACAGACCGUUCCGGCAAACCGGCCGUCGAUGAGCAAGGUGCUGGAGAUGCUGGAGAGGAGUAUCGAUGAGCUUGCCAUGCCGCCGAGACCGUACCACCCUACUUCUCCGUCCAAUUCUCCUUCUCUCUCGCACUCACUUCCGUCGAGUUAUCCGUCUUCUGCCUCAGGCUUCACCCAACGAUCAAGAUCGUUUACAACAGAGAGCACAACAUAACUAAAAGAUUCCUCUGUACAGUCAACCGGAAAAGAAGCAUGAAUGUCCCAUCAGCAAAGUCAACGUUAGACACGUAACCAUUGUUGAGUUCUAUCCAAGUUCUUAAUUUGGGUGGAUGGGCGAUGGAGAACAACAAUACUACUGAUCGAAUUGACGUCUGCAUCUCCAUGUGUAUUGUUACAUAGGUCCAGUUCUUAUUGGAGCCUUAAGGAAUAUGUGAUUUAUCGUUUAAAUAGUUGAUAUCCCGCCUGUGAGAGAUACAUGGACAACUUGUUUACGCAAACGAGUUGGGUAAUUGUACUUAGCGGAUGUGUACUAAUAAUAAUCAACAAAAAAAUAGAGAGAUUUGUGUUU